GGUCACACUGCCCAGCGUUACAAUUGGCUGUCAAACCAAAACAUUCCCCAGUUCCUCAGUUUCCAAUUGAACGCCAGGAUCAAAGGAGCGCAGCCGCGGGCACAGGAGCACACGGAGCACACGCAGCACACGGAGCCAAGGACCCGAGAAGCACCAGAAGCCAAGCUGCUGGCCAGGAUGAACGGACUGCCGCCGAGCAAGCACUACAACUUGACGCACUACCAGCAGCGCUACAAUUGGGACUGCGGACUGUCCUGCAUCAUCAUGAUCCUGUCGGCGCAGCAGCGGGAACAGCUCCUUGGCAACUUUGAGGCCGUGUGCGGCGAGGAGGGAUUUGGCUCGAGCACCUGGACCAUCGACCUGUGCUAUCUGCUGAUGCGCUACCAGGUGCGCCACGAGUACUUCACCCAGACGCUCGGCAUUGACCCGAACUAUGCGCAGCACACGUACUACUCCAAGAUCAUCGACAAGGACGAACGGCGGGUGACGCGCAAGUUCAAGGACGCCCGGGCACACGGACUGCGCGUGGAGCAGCGCACCGUGGACAUGGAGGUCAUACUGCGCCAUUUGGCCCGCCACGGACCCGUCAUCCUGCUGACCAACGCCUCGCUGCUUACGUGCGAGGUGUGCAAGCGCAAUGUCCUGGAAAAGUUCGGCUGUUUUCACCUGCCUUGCAUUGUUCAAAAUACACGCCUGCGUGGACCCAAAAGGUACGCCGGACACUAUGUGGUGCUCUGCGGCUACGACAUGGCCGCCCAGAAGCUCUUCUACCACAAUCCCGAAGUGCACGAUGGCCACAUUUGUCGCUGCCUCAUCGAUUCCAUGGACACUGCCCGUCGCGCCUACGGCACCGACGAGGACAUCAUUUUCAUAUACGAGAAGCAGGCCACUAAGGAGUAGAUGGAUUAACCCAGAAAAUUAACCGUGGAACAGGAAGUGGAACAGGAACAGGAGUACCUGCCGUCGCCAGGUUGCCAGGUGAUGAUGAGAAAGGAGGAUUGCAAUCUGCGCUUGUGAUAUUAGGUCUUUAGGAGGAGAGCAUGUACAUGUACAUGUAUAUGCGACUUACGAGUGGUUGCUUGGUUAACUUUGGCACAACAGUGUACUUUAUUUAGGUAUUGUUAGCAGUUAGCAGUUGGUCCCCAUACAAAAAACGAUUGAAUAACAAUUACACACACGUCUAUGUAAACUUGCCAGGCAGCGUCCGCAUUCUAGAGGCGUUCCAUUGACCUGGCGCUGCAAAAACUGUCAGGGGAAAGUAAUCCAAUGUUAUUACUUAAUACUUAGUUAGUUAGUUUAUAGAGAACAAUAGGAAUUGUUCUUAGCUUACUUUUUGUUUAGCGCUCCCAAAACUAAUUUCCAUAUUUGUAGUACAAAAACAUUCCAAUAAGUUGCAAUAAGAUGCAUGUAUGUAGAAAAUAAAUAAGAUUAUUGUUCCAAAAAAAUCGCAGCCAGUCGGACGUCGCCUUAACGUGACUGCUCCUUCUCAUCCUGGUCGGCGCCGCCGCAGAUAGCCUUGUACAGUUGCUGCAUCUUGAUGUGGGGCGCCUCAACGGGCAGGAUCACUCGGCCAUCGACAUCCGUGUACUUGCUGUACGGCUGCUCAGAGAAGACCUCGAAUCCAUGCGAGCGGAAUAUCUUCUGCGAAAAGAUGCCGGUGGCAUCGGCUUUUAGCAGGCGGAAGCCAUUCUUCCUGGCCACCGCCACCGAUCGCUUGACCAGCUCGUUGGCUAUGCCCUGGCCACGGUAGCUGGAGUCCACCGACAGGAUGCGCACAUCGAACAUGCACGCCACGUCGAAGUGCUCGAAGAGAUUGUACUUGAGAUUGUGUCUGUGUAGCAAGUCGAAGAUCUUGCGAAAGCCCGCAUCGUCAUUGGUGUCCAGCUUGCUCAGCGCUUUGGCCGUGUCGCCCGGCUUCAGGAUGCCAUUCAGGACCACGCCGACUACUUUGCACACUCCCUGCUCCUGCUCCUUCGCAUCCACAGCCAUCACGCUCAUCCGGUCCAGUAUGGCCUCGGCACAGUGCGACUCCAGAGCGGCACAACUGCUGCCGUUCUGGCACAAACCGGCGGCCUUGUUCAGCGGCUCGUCGGCGAAGAAGUUGCGACGCAGGUGCUCCAGCACCUGGUCGCAGUGCUCCGGUCCAAUCAUUUUGUACUCCAUGCUGGAAUAGCUGUAUCUGCGGAUUGUAAUGAAGUUCUGGCGGCCAAGCCCAUUAAAAUGUAUAUCUAAUUAACUACGCUUGCAUACAAUUGCACAUUAAACACUAUUUUUUAACAUUUUUUAACAUUUUCACUUGCAAAAGUCUAGGUACACACAUGGCACUCGAAUGUGUUGGAACACUUUGGCCAUAACUCAAUUAGUCGCUGUCCUUUCAACUCGCAACCUCUUGCCUCUCGCUCGCUUCCACUGCACUGUGUGCUGGCUUUUGUGCUGAUGCCACACCCCCAUCGCCAGCCGCCCCCAACGACGCCUGCUCGCAGAUUCCCCCACAGAUUCCCCGCCGAUUCCACGCAGGAGCAGCCCCCUACUUUCUGGCCAUUUAAUCCCAAAUGGCGUGACAAAGGCGGUGUCAUCUGUGGUAGACCAGAUUUCACGUUGGAUUUGGCAGUUAGAUUCACUUACUCGGUUCCUUUGGCUGUAUGAUCUGGGAUCUGGAUGAGCUGGCUGAGCUGGCUGAACUGGUGGACGGUGUUGUUUGUUUGCCUCGCUGAGUUGAGUUGCUUGGGCGGCGAAAAAAUGUGUAACCUACUUGCGGGCGCUUUCGGAUGCGAAAUGCGACUGGAGCAGCUGGAGCAGCCGACCAGGCGAAGCGAUAGCGACAGCAUCCCGUUGCUGCACUGCAAGAAAAUACCUACACUCUUUAGAUGAAACGAAUAGAAUUGAAGUUACGAUGAA